GACCCUCGUCGUCAUCAACACCCCUCAGGCCAUCAUCGCCGUCAUCCUCAGGAAUCCCCAAGUCACAGGGUGUAUAGCAGCUAUAGACACAGGCCUCAGAGGCUGAAUGUCUACGACAGAUAUCCUGAAGGAGUGGGCCCCUCAAGGUACCAUCUCCUCCGGGAAGGGCACCCAAGAUUGAAGCCCUUCAACAUGAGCCCGCCUGAACACAGGAGGAGUGGAAGGGUCGAUCGGACUCAGUUCACGGCUUCCGAACAGGGGAGACUUAACGGCUAUGCCUCGGCGCAAGAUCUCCGUGAUUUCGCUAUCUACCAGCACGGCUAUGGCAUUGGGUAUAGUGAUGGCGUGAGCAACAUGCAAGCUGGAUCUUGGUAUGAUCGCGACAUUGAAGACUUCGGAUAUGGUCUUUCUUCGGCUUUCGGUUAUCUGGAGCCGGACUUCGAACAGACCACCUUCCAGAUCCGUGGCCAGGAGUUUGACGUGUACUCGUAUCGACGCAAGCCCCACGGGAACGGUAUUGAGCAUGUAGACCAUUUUGUGGAUCUACGCGAAGUUGACUCGAGUAAGCUGGGUGGGAUUCCAUUCAUAGUUGGCUUGUAAGGCAACUUAGAUAGCUCGAACACGAGAGUAGAGCAUAUAGACGUUUGAAA